AUGAACAUUGACGAAUCAGCCAGAUCGUCCUACUCUUCGCCUUUCUUCGGAUUUGAUUCAUCUCAUAAAAUCUCAGAGCCGAACUCAGGCCUCCAAAGCCCCUACUUCGAAGCCGUAUUCUCUCGCAGACCAAUUUACGACAACAUCUUAUCAUGCCUCGAAGUUCCCGACCUAAUCCAUCUCGGUCGUACUUCGAAACUCGCUCGAGCAGCUCUCGCAGAAUACUCUACGCGAGCAUACAACAUUAAUCGACAUCUGUUGAAUUUUUUCAACAAUCCACUCUCGUUCAGAUCUUUACAAGCCCGUACUGGCACGGUCAUCUCAGGAUCGAACGCGCUCCAGUUUCUGGACAGGACGUAUUAUCCCGAUGCAGACAUAGAUAUUUACGUCCACCCGGGACACGCUCUCGAUGUUGGAAAGUGGUUGAUGAGCGAGGAAGAAGGGUAUACGUUUGUGCCGCAGAAUAACCAGAUGCUUGGUUCGACUUUCGAAGAGAAUGUCGGGCAGUGGGACCCAUUUGUGAGAAGGUUCAACGAGGAAGAAGACCAAAUGUUUGGGCCCCGUGGAAACCUUUACAGGAUGGCUGGCAUUGCGCAGGUCUACUCAUUUGAGAAAAUGGUCAGGGGAAGGGACAUGAUGGAUAUAGAGGGUGGUCAGGCUCCGGAGGAGAUACGAACUGUUCAGAUCAUCGAAACGAAGCAGUCGCCCUUCCAGAGUAUCAUGGGCUUUCAUUCGACCUGUGUCCUGAAUCUCAUCACUUUCGACACCGCUUAUUCCCUCUACCCCCGUGCUACCUUCAAAGACCGCAGUAUGCAGCUCAUGAAAAGCCUGCUCACUCAUGAAUAUUCCGCCAUUCACAAAUAUGGGCGCCGCGGCUUCCGUAUUCACGCGACUUACUCCUGGCCCCGAUCAGAAAUCGACCUAUCUGUCAUGCUCAACACCCACCGCAAUCUCAACGACGAGUACACCUGGCGUCUUUCGCUUGAUACCACGGGUGUCUCGCCACGUCCCCGGCUCACGUACACGUCAGCACUCAUGAAAGAGGAUCCGGUCGUGCACAAUUCAUGGACUUUGCUGGGUUCCGAUGGGUCGGAGUUGGUGAUCAAGUACUAUGCGGUAAAGAGCACACUGUUCAGGUAUAAUUAUGUGGUGGCGGACCAGGAAUAUGUGUCGCAUUUAGGGAGGUUUGCGAGGUCUCAGGGGCGGAUGGAGCAUCAAAAGGUGAAAGGCUUGAACGGCGAGGAGAAGUUGAAGCACUGGACCUGGUGGGAUUCCUCCUUGCCGGACCUCUGGAUGCAGUUCAAGUCGCGUCGAUAG